AGCCGAAAAGGUGUUUAUUUGCUGGCUAGGAUAGCUAACUAGCUAGUAUAUUUGUUAGAUAAGACAUUCCUUCUAUUUCUUUUCAUAAAAAUCCGAAGCAAGAGGGGAAAUAUGGAAUCCCCCUUUCCUCUGCCCUCCCUGGGCUUCCUGGUCCCUCCUCUCCGGAUGAUGUCAGCGGUCAUGUGGCAUGUGGUGCGCCAGGGCAACACAAAGCAUUAUGGGAAACUGGAGGAGUUUGUAUCCAUGGUCACAGAGGUGGUUCCAGAUCUCCUGUCCAACAGACAGAAGUGGCUGCUGACCCUGGCUCUCAGAGGACGGGUGUGUCUACAACUAUUAGGGUCUGGGCAUCCGGAUGACCUCAAGGCUGUUCAAAGCCACCUGGAUAGAAUCACAGCAUCUGGUCUCAAAGAGUCAAACGAUGCAGCGAUUGAAUUUGCUGAAGCCAACUUCCUGAAACUGAUCCAGAGCCUAGUGGAAGACCCAGAUAGGAGGAAACACUUCUUCAAGGUUGUGUUCCCGGUGAAGUAUGGACCUAACUUUGACUCAGCGCUGCAGAAUCUGGUGUAUCAUUUGCUGUCCAGACUAGAGGACCUACUGCCCAUCCCUGACUUCAAACAGACUGCUUUGUUGAUCAGUGCUGCCCCCUCUGUUCUGGAGGACUCAAUGCACUGUGUCUCCCAUGGGGAGGAUCUGAAGUCUCUGCUACAGAACCAACAGUGCCACGGGAAACUCAAGCUGCCCAAGAGCGCUCCCUUGCGGACAGAGGACCGCCUCCUCAUCUCCUUAUCCUUCCCUCCCUCUCUGAGACUGGCCAAUGCCUCGCGCCCCAGCGCCAGCAAAUCAGAAGGCUUCCCUGACUGUGAGAACCCGCCCCCGCAGGUCAGAGAUUACCAGGGGACUAUGACUGACAGUUUGAGUGGCCAAUGGGCUGAGUCCAAAGCAAGUAUAGAUCAAAACAGGAUUGGAACAGAUUCAGUAGAACACCAAGGAGGUUCUCAAAGAAAGGACAACCAGAAGGACAACCAGAAGGACAACCAGAAGGACAACCAGAAGGACGUGAAGGAGAAAGGUGUGGAAAGACAACGUGUGCAGUUGUCUGAGGAAGGAAGGAAAGCACUAGACACUGAGCACCAAUACUCACUGAGCACCAACACUGGUCCUCAGACUGCUGAGCAAGACACGGCCCCAUCAGCCAGCCAACAAGCUGCCUCAGUCUCUGCCCAGAGCACUACCUCAACAUCCACCAACACUACACAAGGGCCCCCAACAUCCAACUCCAGCACCGUAUCAUCCUCCACCCCUGCCUCCAGCACCGUAUCGUCCUCCACCCCUGCCUCCAGCACCGUAUCGUCAGAGCAGCCUCGGCGGCGCGUUGCCCAUAAGUGCCCCCAGUGUGGCCGUUGUUUCAUCUACCGCUAUAAGAUGCUCGAGCACCAGAGACUCCAUACAGGGGAGAACCCUUACAAGUGUUCCCAGUGUGGCAAGACCUUCAGAAGGUCCUCGGAGAUGUCCACCCACCGCCGGACACAGUGCUCCAACGCGGCCUACGUCUGUAUCAAAUGUGGAAGCAGUUUUGGGUCGGGCAGAGAGCGGGUCAGCCACCGGUGUUGUGGUAGCAAAGCGGCGGCGCCGAAGUUUGAAUGUCCGCAGUGCGGGAAGAAUUUCAAGUGGCACAACUCGUUAAAGAAACACCUGGUAACCCACACCAGGAAGAAGGGCUUCAAUUGCAGGUACUGUGGUGAGGGGCCGUUCCCAGGCGUGGCCGAGCUGAGGACCCACCAGAAGGCCCAUGACGGAGAAGAGAAGCCCUACAAGUGUGAACAGUGUGGAAAGUGCUUCAGCUCCCAGGGCUGGCUACAUGGGCAUGAGCAGCGUCACUCCCAAGAGAGGUCCAAGAUCUGCCCCAGCUGUGGAAAGGCCUUCAGAUGCAAAGGAGACCUGAAGCUCCACAUGCGGACCCACACCGGCGAGAGGCCGUACCAGUGCACCUACUGCGCCAAGCGGUUCUCUGUGAACGGAAACCUGACUAUCCACAUCAGAACACACACGGGGGAGAAACCUUUCCUCUGCUCCGACUGCGGCAAGGCUUUCUGCUCUGCGGGAGAGCUGCAGAUCCACAGGAGAACACACACUGGGGAGAGACCGUACAAGUGCACCGUCUGCGAGAAAGGCUUCACCAUGGCUAGUCAGGUGACUCUCCACAUGCGGAUACAUACGGGGGAACGACCCUACGUGUGUCACGAGUGUGGAAAGGCAUUUCGUCGCGGUGCGGAGUUGAAGACCCACAUCCUGAAUCACACUGGGGUGAGACCGUACCCCUGUCGUCUCUGUUCUAAGACGUACACCUGCCUCAGUCACCUGAAGAGACAUUUGAAGACUCACGGGGCCCAGUCGGUGGAUAUGAGCAGUGGCUUGUCUGUAGCUGCUGUGUAAUAGACCAUUUUGAAGAGUUAACAACAUGUUUUGUCAAUUUAAAUAUUUUAUUUUCUGACGGCAGCUUACGCUGCUUAUAUUAAGAGGUAGUUGACUGAACCCAGUAAGGAUCAUCUCCGUGUGACGGGGUAUGUUUGGUUAUUGCUACUAUCAGGUUUAAGACUGUUGCUAUGCUUCUAGAGCAAGACAAGUUAAAUAUUUAUUUGCUGCAGUUCUAGGCGUUUUUAUAAUAAUUUUGAUCGUGUCUUAGAUUGAAGCUUUUGGAUGGCUGUGGUAGCUAGAGUUUCUGUUCAUCUCACAUGCCAAGUUAAUCAGCAAUGGAAAGUGGUUUGUUGACUAACAGAACUAUUGGUUGUGGAGACAUGGAGGCCUCGCCCAACCCACCUUAAUUAUGAGGGUAUGCGAUCAUGUUUUUUACCCUAUUUUUCAAUAAACACAUUUUCUGCAGAAGAAAUUACUCACUUAAACUCAAUUUCACACUGACUUGACCUUGGUCAAAUUGUAUUUUACAAAGAACGAAUUAUUGUUUUGAAUAUGUUCAUUGAAAUGAAAAUAUUGAAAAUGAUUUCUUGACUAUUGACAUUUCUAUUAAGCUUCUAUAAUAUAAUACUAUUUAAGAGUCCAAUAACAAUGUAGAAAAAUAAGUUAUUUAUCCUCAACUUCUCUGUCUCCACUCCCAUUGGAUUGCACGUCGAACACAGAGUUGGGUGUAUGUGGAAGCCUCUGUGUCCGACGAGGCGUUGGUCUUUGAGGAGAGCGAGCCAAAAGGGGGCAUCUGAAAUCAAGAACAGGGUUCAGUGAGAGAAAGAC